GGAUUGUGUGAGAGGACACUUGGUCUAUCAGCAGAGCCAGAUAGGAUCCAGGAAAGACACUCAACCCCUAAAUGGAUUAUGAAGACACAGAAGUGACUGUUGGCUGACCGACAACACCGGGAUCCUGCCUUUCUAUCUAAGGAUCAGUUACUGCAAGAUGAGAGUUAAACCUCAAGAACUGGUGAGCGUGGUGACAAACUCGCCAAGUGAAGACCUUACCUUCUAGGGAAAGAACUGUUGAGCACUUCUGGAGAAGAGGCCGGUGAAACGAGACAUUUGAUCAAUGAAGGAGUACUGCAUGUCCACAUCUUGUUUGAUGAAUAAGGAAAGUUAGCAAGCUGAUGACCCCAUCUUAAGAGAUGAUGAAUCGCUACACCACCCUGAAGCAGCUGGGUGACGGCACCUAUGGUAGUGUGCUGAUGGGGAGAAGCAAUGAGUCCGGGGAGCUGGUGGCGAUAAAGAGAAUGAAGAGGAAGUUUUAUUCAUGGGAAGAAUGUAUGAACCUAAGGGAGGUGAAGUCCCUGAAGAAGCUGAACCAUGCCAACGUGGUGAAACUGAAGGAGGUAAUCAGAGAGAACGACCACCUCUACUUUGUCUUUGAGUAUAUGAAGGAGAACCUCUACCAGCUAAUGAAGGACAGAGAGAAUAAGAUGUUCUCUGAGAAUGAAAUUAGGAACAUCAUGUUUCAAGUGCUCUCUGGGAUGGUUUUUGUACAUAAGCAUGGUUUCUUUCAUCGAGACAUGAAGCCAGAAAAUCUUCUAUGCAUGGGUCCAGAACUGGUCAAAAUAGCAGAUUUUGGCCUAGCCAGAGAGAUCCGCUCCAAACCUCCCUACACAGACUAUGUGUCCACUAGAUGGUAUCGAGCUCCAGAGGUUCUGCUCAGGUCGUCCACCUACAGCUCGCCCAUUGACCUGUGGGCUGUGGGCUGCAUCAUGGCUGAACUCUACACCCUCAGACCUCUUUUCCCUGGGAACAGUGAAGUGGACGAGGUCUUUAAAAUCUGUCAAGUCCUCGGCACUGUCAAAAAGGCGGAUUGGCCGGAGGGCUACCAGCUAGCUUCUGCUAUGAACUUUCGGUUUCCUCAAUGUGUGCCGACCCACCUGAAGACCCUCAUCCCCAAUGCCAGCAAUGAGGCUAUCGUCCUGAUGAAGGACCUGCUGCAGUGGGACCCAAAAAAGAGGCCAACUGCUGUACAGGCCCUGCGAUAUCCAUAUUUCCAGAUCGGACAAAUUUUAGGACCUCGUCCUCAGAGCCAGAAUGUGAAGGUGCAGGGAAGGGUGCAAGGCCAGAGGCAAGUAUCAGAGUCCAAGACCGAUCCCCAACAGUCUUCCUCUGAGUCCAAAGCCUCCACAUCCUCCUCCAGAAACCAGCAGCAGCAGCAGCAGCAGCAGCAGCAUCAUCAGCCUCUUCAGCAGAUCCCUCUUCCCCAGACUGAGUGUAAACCAGGUCUCAGCAAUGCAAAAGCUGCAUCGCUGGGCAGUGAGAACAGUGUCGGUGGUGGUGGUGGUGGGGCUGGGGUGCUGAAAAGUGGCCGUCGUCGCUGGGGACAGACGGUGACCAAGACCUCAGACAGUUGGGAGGAAUCCGACCCCUCAGAAAUGUCCGCCUCCAACUCCAAGAAACCCAGCCUGGGGAACACAGAGGAGGAGAGGGCCCCUAUGGAGCAGCGCCCACAGCCUAAGGAGCCGAAACCUCUGUAUUCCUACAGCUCAGUGACUAAGCUACCCAACAAUAUUAAGGCGGGCCAUAUGGACUCCAAUCUUCCAGGAUCCGCGGCUCGGCAGCACUAUCUGAGCCAGUCACGAUACUUGCCAGGGUUGAUCAGCAAGAAUCAGACUUCUGCAGAUAAGGAGAUGGGUAGUAUGACGCUACGGGACCUGUGGGAGAACUCCUCAAGCACCAUCAAUAAACCACUCGCUCCAAUUGGAGCCAGAGUCAAUGCAGAAGAAACUGCCUCUAAAUCUAUGGAUAGCCCUCAAGAGAAAGCUAUUGUAAAAGAAAGAAUACUUGAGAAAAUCGAUCUCUCCAAAGGGACUUUUGUAAGCACCAAAUACAACCUCUCUGGUGGUUAUAUCCCAUCAUUCCAAAAGAAAGAGGUGGGCUCAGUGGGACAGAGAAUCCAGCUUGCCCCUUUGGCUGGUCAGCACACAAUAAAUCUUUCCUCAUCUCCUGACAAUAAAAAAGACAAACCAAAAUCUGCAUUGUCCAAGCCUAUUUCUAACUCCUCUUUGAGUGAGACUAAUGAAGAUUUCGAGGGCUGGAGGAGGAGGACAGACAGGACUCAGAUGAAGGGGAGCAGCUACGCAGCCCUUGGAAAAACCGGGAACAUCCUGACUAGAGCUCCAGCCGUGCAGCCCGUCCAUGGCAGAGUGGACUGGACAUCCAAAUACGGUGGAAAUCGGUAG